AUUAACUUAAUUAUAGCCGAUCUGUAAUAAACUCCCGCUUCGAUCGAGAUUGCAGGUGACUCACCGGCGCAGGUGUUGCCAACAAUUUGUGGCACAUGUUUUUGAGAAUAUUACAUUUUUUACUUGGUACUAAAUAAUAAUUUUCUCUUUCUUUCUUUCAAAAACUAGUUGUUAAAAUAGGUCAAACACUCAGAUCCGUGAAACUGUGAGUGGUCUCCCGUUAUAAGUCUAUUUUUGUGAUUUGUAUAGUAUUACUAAAGAAGAUGAUACAUAUUUGCGGUAGUUUUUAAUAAGUGUAAAAUACUGAAUUAAAAACUACUAAAUACUAAUAAAUAGUGGAGGCUGCGUACCGGAAAACGCAGCGUGGGACGUCCACCCAUUGCAUCGGGGGAAGCCUAUGUUCAGCAGUGGACGUCCUAUGUCUGAGAUGAUGAUGAUGAUAAAAUACAAAAAUACACAGUACUUAGUUAGCAACAAGGAAAAAGAAAACUAAGUUAUAGUAUAGGUACUCAUUUACCUCUAUCGUGCGACUGAUGGUAGAGUCAUCAGCAAAAAAUGGUUUUUAUGCUCUACCUCGGAAUGUUGACCGCCCCUGCUCCUAAGCGGUCAAAUCGUGCGCUUGUACCGUAUCAUUUUUGUUGUUGCGCGGCCCGACGCAACACCCAACACAUUUUUAGCAUAUCAUUAAAAUUAAACCGUCGGCUAUGAUAGUGCUAUGUCAGUGAGCUUUAAGUUCAGUGGAAUAAAGACUAAAACAUGACGUGCGCUAGAGUUUUUGUGCUUCUGUGUUUGUGUGUUGAUUGGACUGUUAAUGCACAGUUUGGGAGUAUGACACUGAACGUGAAUUUCGACGGGUCAAGCAACGAAAAUUCGGAAAACAUUAAAGGUCCAUGUCCGCCCUACACGUCUUGCAUGGCCAUCAGUUCCUGCCCUAUGCUAGAGGACCUGUUCGACUUUUCGUGCUUUUCAUCAGACAGGUACUUCCAUCGCCUAAACGAGCUGACCUGUGGCCAUGCAAACAGUGAGGACUACGUCUGCUGCCCGUCCUGCGAGGGUGACAAGAUCUACAAGGAGGGCGCGGAGAAGUGUGGCCAGAGCAUGGUCAGGGGCAUCAACUACAACGGGCUUGGGGCACACCCUUGGGUGGCUAGAAUUGGUUUCAAACACAAAGACACGGGAAAUGUGAAAUUUGCCUGCAGUGGUUCUAUUAUUUCAAAGAAAGUGGUGUUAACGGCCGCUCACUGCGCCCUCGCGGAAUUUGAAGACUAUAAUCAAGUGUCAACGGUGGUGGUCGGAGAAUGGGACUACGCCAAGAGUAUCGACUGCAACGAAUACUUCUGCGCGCCCCCGACCCAAGCCAUCAAGGUGGCGUCGGUGGUGCGUCACCCAGGGUACGAGCAGAAGGUAUUCCGGCAUGACAUAGCGCUGAUCGUGCUGAAGAAGGAUAUCAAGUUUUCUGUGACAGCAGCACCUGUAUGCUUGACCAGUAAUCCGGAGGUGGUUUUAAACGAGCGAGCUUUGCUGGUCGGCUGGGGGACGCUUUAUGGACAGACUAAUGUGGUGAGCCGCCAACAGCUUCUUGAAGUUCCCUUGGUCUCCCUAGAGGUGUGCGACCGCAUCUUCGGAAAAUCCGUAACAAUACACGAGGGACAGUUAUGCGCGGGCGGCGAGGAAGGAAAGGACGCCUGCUCGAGCUUCGGAGGAUCACCACUAAUGGUUAUGAGGAACGGGAGCUAUGUGCAGGUCGGCAUUGUAUCCUUCGGCUCGGAGAACUGCGGCAGCGAGGGAGUGCCCAGCGUGUAUAUAAACGUCGCGCACUACUACAAGUGGAUCGUUGACAACUCGCCUUCAUAACUUGCCCCGUAUCUUAGAGGAUUUGUCACACUGGACGCGGAUUGCGGUCAGGGCCCCGAUGGGCUAAUUUGUAAUGUCUCCAAUUCAUUCGCGUUUCAUCUCUAGUCCACCCUCCAGUUACAGUCCAUAUUCAUUCCAGCUGAUGUGCAAUUCGGUAUCGCGAUAAAGUUCAGUUGCACACAAAGACGAAACAUUGUUUUUAAGCACUUUCUAUUAAAAGUCCGAACACCUUAUUUUUUCACUAAAACAGCAAAUGUUCGUGAAGCGUUUGAAUUGCGUUUGAGAUAAAGUAGCUUUCUGUCAGCUUUUACACAAAGAUGCAGUUGCGUUCCGUUUACGCAUAGUUUACGAUACGAAUUUGAGCAAACAGCUGAUUUUCUUUCGUCGUCCAGUUGUGUUGCAGUUGAAAAUAUUAUUUAGUGAAAUCGAGGCGCAGUUCCAACAAAGUGAAUGCAGCCUGGCCAUAGACAGCGUCCAGUGUGGCAAAUCCUUAAAGGUUACCCUAGUCGAAACUACAAAAAUAAAUAGAAGAUACUAAAUAUCAGUAUUACAGUUUAUGUGCAAAACGAAAAAAAUAUUUUGUAAUAAUAAAUCCAACUAACAAAUACGUAUUUACCGGUAUUACCUAUAAACUUAAUUUUGUUGGACUUAUU